UCAGGCUCUUCCUGCAUAGUUAAGGUCAAAUAUAAAACCAACCCCACCUCAUUCAUCUUGAACUACAGCAUGGCCCCAGCACCUUCACUGACUCAGAAGCUGGGAUAGGACGCUCAACAUCGGCUCACUUUCUUCACUAGACUCGUGGUCACACACAUUUUUAAAAAAGAUAAUUCUGCUGUUCUGAAUGGAGUUACAAGGAGCCAAUGAUGGCAUUCGCCUGGCUGCCUACAGAGCCAAUCUCCCUGCACCAGUGGCUAAUGGUAAAGCGACAUCAGGAGGCUUUGACUCUGAUUACUACACGUGUGAUGGGGAUGGCAGCAGUGUCGCAUCUCGCGUAUCUGUUGAUCUAACUGGCUAUGAGACUAUGGAUGCCCCGCCGCGCUACGACUUCUAUGCCAACACGGAGGUGUGGGGCCGACGGAGGCAGUUCAGGCCGUCUCUGUUCCAGCUGCACGCCGGCCCUGAGGAUGAUUCCAGACCUCCCAUGUAUGAAGAGACAACAGCUGGACAGGCAGGAGGGCAGGACAGCUCUGAGGAAGAUGAGGAUGAGCAAAAAGAACCACCAUCUGAACCCACACGCUUCGGAUGGGUGCAGGGGGUCAUGAUCCGCUGCAUGUUGAACAUUUGGGGGGUGAUCUUGUACCUGAGGCUGCCUUGGAUCACUGCUCAGGCUGGUAUAGGUCUGACCUGGGUCAUCAUCCUGCUGUCCUCAACUAUAACUGGGAUCACUGGUCUCUCGACCUCGGCCAUCGCCACCAAUGGCAAAGUCAAAGGAGGUGGGACCUACUUCCUGAUCAGUCGCAGCCUCGGCCCAGAGCUCGGUGGGUCAAUCGGUCUGAUCUUUGCCUUUGCGAAUGCUGUAGCUGUGGCGAUGCACACUGUGGGCUUUGCUGAAACUGUUACUGACCUCAUGCGUGAAAAUGGAGCCGUCAUGGUGGAUCGAACUAACGACAUCCGCAUCAUCGGCAUCAUCACGGUGACAUGUCUGCUGGGCAUCUCAAUGGCGGGCAUGGCCUGGGAGUCAAAGGCACAGGUUCUCUUCUUCAUAGUCAUCAUGGUCUCAUUUGCCAGUUACAUUGUUGGAACAAUCAUCCCUGCUUCACCUGAGAAACAAUCCAAAGGUUUCUUUAGCUACAAAGCAAAUAUCUUUGCUACAAAUUUUGUACCCGACUGGCGAGGGCCAGGGGGCAGCUUCUUCGGCAUGUUCUCCAUUUUCUUCCCCUCUGCCACGGGCAUCCUGGCAGGAGCGAACAUCUCUGGAGAUCUGAAGAAUCCAGCGGUGGCCAUCCCCCGAGGGACGCUGCUGGCUAUUUUCUGGACCACAGUAUCCUACCUCAUCAUCUCUGCUACCAUUGGAUCCUGCGUGGUGCGCGAUGCGUCUGGCGUGUUGAACGACACGCUGUCUCCCCUAUCAACAGGCGAGGAGUGUGUUGGUACAGCGUGCCAGUAUGGCUGGGACUUCAGCGAGUGCAUCAACAAUAAGACAUGCGUCUAUGGGAUCAGCAACUACUAUCAGUCGAUGAGCAUGGUGUCAGCCUUCGGCCCUCUCAUCACAGCUGGGAUAUUUGGAGCCACCCUGUCAUCAGCUCUGGCCUGCCUGGUGUCUGCUCCCAAGGUCUUCCAGUGUCUGUGUAAGGAUCAACUCUACCCUCUCAUUGGUUUCUUUGGCAAAGGUUAUGGCAAGAACAAUGAACCAAUCAGAGGAUACUUUCUCACAUAUAUCAUCGCUGCUUGCUUCAUCCUCAUCGCUGAGUUGAACACCAUCGCACCCAUCAUCUCCAACUUCUUCCUCUGCUCCUACUCUUUGAUCAACUUCAGCUGCUUCCACGCAUCCAUCACCAACUCACCAGGUUGGCGUCCGUCCUUCAGGUUCUACAGUAAGUGGUUGUCGCUGCUGGGCGCCAUAUGCUCCGUGGUGAUCAUGUUCCUCUUGACGUGGUGGGCGGCCCUUAUUGCUUUUGGCGUCGUCUUUAUUCUGUUGGCAUACACACUCUACAAGAAGCCAGAUGUGAACUGGGGCUCAUCAGUUCAGGCGAGCUCCUACAACAUGGCUCUGAGCAAGUGUGCAGGCCUCAACAGCGUAGAGGACCACGUCAAGAACUACAGGCCCCAGUGUUUGGUACUAACGGGCCCUCCCAGCAGUCGCCCCGCCCUGGUGGACCUCGUCAGCUGUUUCACAAAGGAUCUCAGUCUCAUGUUGUGUGGAAAUGUGUUAACUGAUGGUCCCACUCCUUCAGUACUGGAGAAGACAAUGAAUGACAGUCACCUGAACUGGCUGAACAAAAGGAAGGUCAGGUCGUUCUACAGAGGAGUGGUGGCUGCAGAUCUGCAAUCUGGGGUUAACGUGUUGCUACAGGGGGCAGGUUUGGGCCGUAUGAAGCCAAAUGUUCUCAUCAUGGGUUUCAAGAAAGACUGGCGGAGUGACACACCUCAGGCUGCUCACAACUACAUAGGAAUAAUGCGUGAUGCGUUCGACCUGCAGUUUGGUGUGUGCGUGCUGAGGAUGAGAGAGGGAUUAGAGGUCUCCAAUCCAUCUCAGUCACACGUUAAUCCAGGCUUUGACGGUGGACCAGAGAGCAUCAACAGCAUCUCUGUUCCUUCCUGCGUUCAGACAAGCCCGACAUCUUCUGUCUCCAUCGAGCCCGAGCCUCAGCAUAGUACACAGUUUCAGAAAAAACAGGGAAAGAAGACCAUCGACGUGUACUGGCUGUCUGAUGAUGGAGGUCUGACCCUGCUGCUGCCUUACCUGCUGACCCGCAGAAAGCGCUGGGCCAAGUGUAAGGUCCGAGUGUUUGUGGGAGGAGAAGCAGAGAAAAAGGACGAGCAGAAGCAGGAGGUGUUGGAGCUCAUCAAGAAGUUCCGUCUUGGUUUCGAUAGUGUCGAGGUCCUUCCUGAAAUCAACCAGCCUCCUCAGCAGAUGAAUGUCCAUCAGUUUGAGAAGAUGGUCAGUCGCUUCAGGGUGGAUACAAAUUCUAAGCCGGACUCAAAUUCUGGAUGUGCAAGCCCACAUCAGGAGCCCUGGAUGAUCACGGACCAGGAUUUCGAGAAGAACAAGGCCAAGUCUCUCCGCCAGAUCCGUCUAAAUGAGGUACUGCUGGAUUACUCCAGAGAGGCCGCUCUCAUUAUAAUCACCAUGCCAGUGGGGCGGAGAGGAGUGUGUCCCAGCACACUCUACCUGGCGUGGCUCGACUUCUUGUCACGUGAUCUGAGACCUCCAGUCCUUCUGGUCAGAGGAAACCAGGAAAACGUUCUCACCUUCUACUGCCAGUAGCAUCUCCAGUGAGACCAAUGGACAUAUAUGAAACCAGUUAUCCUGACAUUACAACACCUUUCAGGCCACAGAAGACAUUUAUUUUUCCAUAGAUUUAUUUCUUGUAAUUUAAUUUUCAGGUAUUAGUGAAUUGUAAUUUCUUCAGUAAUGAGCACAUGAAAUGAUUUGUUACAUUCUGAUUAACUCUGAUCACAAAAAUUAGUGAAAAGAUGUCUACUGUACAGUGUCCUCUAUGUUUAUCAGUUAGGGUCCCUUCAUGCUAAUGUUGCACUCUCCACUUCAUAAUAUACAAUAAAAAAUAAUAAAUAUAGCUAACAUACACAUUCAUGGGAAUAUGAGGUUGAAAUAAUUAUGCAAGUCUUUGUUUUUGACAGAUAAUUGAUACUGACAGAAAAUGCUAAAUAAAUAUGCAUUUGACUUUUUUAAAUCUUUCUAUUUAUGGAUUUGUGGCACCAGAGCAAUGGUCUCCUAUAGCUUUGCCAUCAGUCUAAUUUAACUUUGUAAAUAAAGUCUUCAGUACUCUUUUUAAUAUUAAGGUACAAUAUUAAGGUAAUGAGGUACAAUGGGAACACACGGUAUCACAUCAUGUCCUUGUUGUAACUCUCUUGUGGUUAAACCAACGAGCUAUGUAAUAAAUCGAUCAAUAAAUUAAUAAAUACUUGUAUUUGUAAGUAUAUGCAUAUAAUCAAAACAUGAUACAGUAUUAAAAAUGUUUAAAGGUGC